CCUGGAUGGAUAGAUCUUAGUAUUAAUACUGGCCCCGGGGCAUUUAAUCCUUGAAAUCACUGCAUCAUAUUCAUAUCAACUUUCUAAUAUCUCAAAAUGUCUCUCUCCUCCUCCAUCCUAGACAACACCAAAGCCAAUCCCACCAUCCGCCGCGUCGACUUUGUCAAACAAGGCCUCCCCGACCUCGACGGCUGCUACGCCUGGGUCCUCGACGAUGUCCUCGACGCAGACGAAUGCGAGGCCCUAAUCAGCUGGUCUCCUCCAUUCGGGAACCUCGGUGCAUAACGGGACAAAAUACGUGAUGAAGACGGACUUGAUGUACGACCUAGAUAUCAGUCAAUAACUGUGAUACCUUAAUUUAAAUAUACGAUGUUUUAUGUUAGCAUAUUUUUCUUUGAGCUGUCCUGAUAUAAGGGUGAGGGUUAGGGCUGGGCCUGGUUGGUCAUUAGCUAUAUUCACACUGCAAAAUAGACCAUAUGUGAUAUUAGAAACUUGAUAGCAGUUCCGUAUAUUUUGAAUGAAUCUUAAUCUCUG